UCUGCAGAGCCCCCCCACCCCCAGCGAGGCCGGGCACCAAACGGGAGCAUGGGAGGGGGAUGGAAGCGGCCCGGCUGCUCGGGGGCAGCGGGGCAAAGUAUGAAACGGCCGACACCAGGCAUCAGAUAAGGAGCGCCGCCUCAGCGAGGACCCAGCAAGAAGCAGCUCCAGUGAAAAGAAUGGACAAAGAUGCAGAAGCGUUGCAGGCGGCCAGAGCAGAGCUGAGCGAGGCCCGGCGGCAGUGGCACCACAUGCAGAGCGAGAUCGAAUCCCUGCACGCUGUGGAAAAGGGCUUGGAGCGCUCGCUGCGUGCCACGGAGCAGCAGUACCACAUGCAGCUACAGAACUUAGAGGCGGAGAUUGAAUGCUUGGAGAAGGACCUGCAGGAAGUGAGGAGAGGCAUCGAGAAGCAGCUGCGAGAGCACGAAAUUCUCCUGAACACGAGGAUGAAGCUGGAGGAGGAGAUUGCAACGUACCGCAGCCUGCUGGAGCAGGAAGAGAACAGCUUUACCAGUUCCACACUUAUGGAUGUCAGACUUCUCUCAGUACACUGCAGGUACGGCUGCUCCAUACCCGAGCAGAAGGGCAGGAAGCCCAGCCUCACCACGACCGCCCUCACGCUGCCUGCAGAUGGAGUAAAGAAGCACGAAAGUGACAAGAUGGAGUUGAUGACAAAACAAGCAGUCCUAGAAGGAAAUAUUAUGAAGCAAAGUGCUGAAGCUCAUGGCACUAUAAAGACAGAAAAAGUGGACGAAGUCAUUAAGCAGUGGGAAGGCUCUUUCUUCAAGGACAACCCGCGCUUGAGGAAGAAAUCCGUUUCGCUGCGCUUUGACCUGCACCUGGCAGCGGCCGAGGAAGGGCGCAAACCCAGCCAGCAGAAAACCCUGCCUGCCAUCGAGGUCAGGCUGGUGAUGAGGCGCUCGUGCAGCAUUCCCUCCAUCACACCCUAGCGCUGGGCACAGCAGGCCGGAGCCCCCACCUCCAUACGGCCCUGCGCACGACGCACAGCGGCGGGGAGAAGAGAGGAGAGGCAGAUCCCGCCAAGCCUGACUGCCUCCAGCUUCCUGCUCUGGGCGCAGGGCGCAGUUCUCUCAUCGCUGUUGUUUUGUAGUACUUCUCCAAACAUUAAAAGAAUUAAACUGUAACUUUGUACCUCGGCAAGAGAACUCCGGGAAUGAGAACCACAUAUUUCAUUCUCUUCUUCAAUACUGCAUAUGCAUAUUGGCUGAUGAACCAUUCCUAUCAUAAUUGUCAUACUUGAUAGAUAUUUUAAAACACUUUCUAAUAGAAAAAAAAAAAAGUGACAUGCAACAACGCUCUUAAAACACACCAGGUAUUAACCAGCAAUUGUCUUUCAAAAGUGAAUAGUAUUUUUAAGCAUUUUUUAGGCAGCAACUGAGCAAAAACGUCUCUCCCCUAUGACCAUGGACACAUUUCUCAGCAGUGCCAUUACAAACAAAUAACACUGAGCUGUAUGGUUCUGCUGCUUUUGAAGCAGGGAUUCCCACUGAAAAUCAAUCAUUCUCUUAGCUCUACUUGUGCAUCUGCAAAACGACUCCCAGCCAUAUUGAGAAUCAAAUUUAAGGAGUCAAGCAUCCAUUUUUAAUACCGAUAUUUAAUUCAUUUUGUGAGUAGUUGCAACGUGAAUUUAAAUACCUUCAAUAGAUUCCUCUCCUGACAAAUCCUGUAGGUAAAACUGGCCCCUGACCCAGCACACAGCAGAUCACUGAGCUGCCAGGUCACGACCACUAUGGCUUCAGUGGGACGGACAAAAUAAGGGCUGCGUGUGCUGAGUCAGAGCUGCCAGCACAUGAAGUGCCCCUGGAGGCAGCAGGCAGAGCAAUGGGCAAUACAAAGCAGAGCUGGCAGUCCUGCAUCUGCACACGGACAGAAACCAGAAAUGGAACCCCAACAUGCUUUAUGAGACCACGGGACAAACUUCAAACAAACAAAACAGAGUAAGGACGUUUGUUUACAGGGAUUUAAGGAGGUCAGAAACUCCUGCUGGGAUCACUGGAACUACGGGGGCUCAAAGCAAGAAAACACACAGACAGAAUCUGCGGGAUCCAAAGCAGCAGGAAAGGAUUGACUGCAGUGUCAGUGAGUGCCAUAUGACUCAAGGCACGGGUCACAGGACUGGCACCACAAAGUCCUCCGCCGUUCAGUUACGCUUCUGCCUUUUAUCAACAGCAAGAACGCCAUGUUUACGCUGCCCACGGUUCUCUAUCUACUGUAUAAAGCUGGCUAAUUAUCAUUAACCUUAAAACUGAUCUGGUGGUGUUAAUACCUGAGUUGGCAUCCUGAAUGUAACAGCCUCUCCUGGCAUUUUCACUAUGCAGCUUUUUUGUGUGCUGUACUCUAUAUUUCACAAUACUUGAAUUUAAACUAAGUUUUAAUUGCUUUAAGGCACUUUAAACAGGGAUACAAACUUACCAAAGCAAAUAGCAGUACAACAAUAAAAAUAAUAAAACAGAGUUUGCCCAUGCUG